UAUUUGCCCUUCUCUACUGAAUAUCUAUUCAUAGAGUCACCACAGUGUGGUGAGUCUCGUAGUCUAUAGCGCUUGGCCUACCAUCGCCUUCGUCCCUGCUGCUACAACGCGUUGCCAUCGCAUUAGUCAGUCAGUCUCUACUGGUAAUGCUGCUUGAUCGCCGACGGCAGCCUGUCACAGUCUUCUGAAGCCGUGCUCCAUAGACGCUUACGGCAACGCUCCAUUUCGCCCCACAUCGUCGCUGUCACCAGGGGCGCUGCCGGGGCUAGUUUUCACGCAUUAGCAACAACGUUGUUCGUUUUGCGUGCAGUGACGGAAGCGACGACGCGGCUGGCGACAGUGACAGUAGUUGGAGAACGGUGCUCCUCUAGUUACCGUGCAGACGGGGAGUGGCCUCCACAAAGGCGGGCAGACUGCCAGGCCACAAUAUACGGACGUCCGUCGAUCGAUUUCUUGGGAGCUUGUGCUUGUUCAUACAAGUUGUUUGUCGUCAGCUGCUGAGUCGUCUAUUGAAAUUGGCGCUGGCUAUCUUUGACCGGAAGUGCUGCUUUGGACACUAUUGUAGUUAUUGUGGUAUAAAUAUUGUUGUUGUUACUCUUACCGUGAUGUUGCUUGAAGUUAGACCUUAGGGGUGGACACUUUUGUAUUUACAGUUCACGAUGGUAUGCUUUUGCGCCUGUUGAACGUCCUGCUGGAGAAAUAACGCGGAAAUAGAUGGAAUAAGCCAGUAGCGGAUAGCUAAUAGGACGGAUUAGCAAUUUAUAAUAAGAGCUCUCUUUUGUUGUCUGAAAAGGUAUCGGCUUUUUACGACUUAUAUUUUGUUAGACGAGUGUGAUACUGGUAACCAUUUCGUGGCAGGUGUUGGCCUGUAGAUUUUCGGAACGAAUCUAUGUAAAUAGGCACGCGCCUGGAACUUGUCGGUUUUCGUUCUCUUUCGACAAAACGUGAUAUUGCCGCUUGUCAUCAGUGAAACAUCUCGUCAUAUAACUACAAUAUUUAUAGAAAAUUUAUUGAUUACGUGGUUGUCAUUAAAAAUCGCGGUGUAUAGGUUUUUCGAACAGGGACCCACUCAGAAGGUUCAUAAGUUGUGUUUUUGUGCCUAUGGGAUCAUUAUUGGUCCUGCAAAUAUAUGAACGUCUCAGUGAACACAACAAAUUAAGAAUGGAGCACGAAAAUGAUCGACAUAUUGGUGACGCGGCCGCGUUGAUGAUUCUUACCAUCAUUCUCGGAGCGAUGAUUCUCUACUUCAUCAAACACAGAGCCACUGGUAACGGACGUAAGGAGAAGGCACGAAAAUCGGUCCGAGCUUCUUCUGACGCCAACUCCGAGCAUGAAAUGCGGACGAGUUUAACGCGUCAAGACGAGUCGGUUGGAAUGGGUUCGCCAAAACCCAUAGACGAAUCUCAGUUCGUAGCAAUCUCCGCCAGGGAGCCUUCUUCGGACGAACAGCUCACAUUCAGCGCUGCCUUAACAACGGCUGCCCAAAACGACCCGCGAAAUUCUACCGGGUCGGCAUCCAGUUCGGGUAGCAAUACAUAUGUACAGUCCUGUACGCCCAAUGCAAUGACAGCGCAGUUGGCUUCGACAAGUGAGGGUGCAGCGGGACGCCGUGUCGGGAUCCUGGAGGCGCUCGUGCCGGCGAGACGACUGAUGGUCGAUGAGGGUACUGAUCUCGAUGAUGACCCUGGCAAAGAAGAGACGAUAGCAAAGGAAAUCCAAGUAGCAGUGCAUCAGAGUCAAGGCCAGCGAACUGGUGUUCUAUUACCAAUCAAAAUAGCCUGGGAUAAAGUUACCGAUCUAUUGAUGAAAAAUCUCCAAAUCAAGGAAGUGGAUUACGGAAGGCCUUGUCAAGACUGCGGAGUAAAUUGUGCCGGAUUCAAACCCCACCAAUGGAGGAAGUCAUGCUCGAAUUGUAAGUGUCCUCGCGAGUCACACGAUAUUUACAAUGAGGAGAAUGUGUCAUCAAAAGAGCGCCUCGGUAUUAAAACGAACGCCGACAAGAAAUGCGACCAUUCAAGCGCGCUCUCGCCUGACCUCUCCAACUCUGCCAAGGAUAGGACUUUGUCCCACGCCCACCCUCGCGCCCAGGGCUACUCCUGGGUACCCCCAGGAUUGCCUGCUGACAAGAUCGACAGAUAUUUCCGCGAGCUCCCGAAUCACAAAGUACCAAAGGCGAGUUCACCAGGCGAGAAGUACCGCGACAAACAGCUGAUCCUCCAGUUACCGAAACAGGACCUGGCGUUGCCGUAUUGUAAAUUCCUCGAAAAGGAGCACCAUAAGGCAUUCGAAGAUUUCGUCAACACGCGCAAUGAGUGUGCACUCGAUAUCGGCUUCGUCUGCGAGGCGCUCGACGCUCCCGUUGACUGCCGACGAUGUGGAGGCAUUUUGCCCGCCGGACAACUCGGAGUGAUCGCACCAAAGUUCGGCGAACAGGUGGCUUGGCACAGCGCCUGUUUCGCUUGCGACACUUGUCAUGAGCUACUCGUCGAUCUCACGUAUUGUAUGAAGGACGGUCGAAUCUUCUGCGAAAGACAUUAUGCGGAACAAAUUAAGCCACGAUGCGCCGCAUGUGACGAGGAAGAAUCGAGCUCAUCGCACAAAACGUGUUGUGCCUGCUAGUUCCGCCGAUACUUGGCCCCAAGCGAGCCGUCUCCUUCAUAACAACACUAUCA